AUUUGCUUGGACGUAUAGAAGAAAUCCUUCCUUGCCUCCCCAAAGAUGUUAGUGUUUGGGGCAUGAAUGAUUCUGUUCCACAAGGUGUGGUGUCACUCAAACAAAAACUGAGUACAUCCUCUGACGAGCCCCUGCCAUGUAGCCAUCAUGUUGUGUCAAACCUCAAGUCUACUUCUCUUUAUAUUUUUACCUCUGGAACAACAGGUCUUCCAAAAGCAGCUAUGGUUAGUCACUCUCAGGCUUUAAGGGGCUCUGCUGGAUUUUGGGCUUUCGGUUGUAGAGAGGAUGACGUCAUUUAUAUAACCCUUCCGCUGUAUCAUAGCGCAGCGUCUCUCCUGGGAGUUGGUGGAUGCAUUGAGUUGGGUGCCACUUGUGUGUUAAAGAAGAAAUUCUCAGCAAGCCAGUUUUGGAAUGACUGCAAGAAGUAUAAUGUGACCGUGUUUCAGUAUAUUGGAGAACUUUGUCGCUACCUUUGCAAACAGCCUAAGAGAGAAGAAGAAAGGGAUCAUCAGGUACGUUUGGCAAUUGGAAAUGGCAUACGGAGUGAUGUAUGGAGACAAUUUUUAGACAGAUUUGGAAAUAUUAAGAUGUGUGAACUUUAUGGAGCUACUGAAGGAAGCAUCAGUUUCAUGAACCACACUGGGAAAAUUGGAUCCGUGGGGAGAACAAAUUUUUUUUACAAACUUUUUUUCCCUUUUGAAUUGAUAAAGUAUGAUUUUCAGAAAGAUGAACCCAUGAGAAAUGAACAGGACUGGUGUAUCCGUGUGAAAAAAGGGCACCCUGGACUUCUCAUUUCUCCUGUGAGCACAAAGAAUCCCUUCCUUGGUUAUGCUGGGUCUUACAGGCACACAAAAAGCAAAUUGCUUUUUGAUGUUUUUAAAAAGGGAGAUGUUUACUUUAACACAGGAGACUUAAUGGUCCAAGAUCAGGAGGAUUUCCUUUACUUUUGGGACCGUAUUGGAGACACUUUCAGAUGGAAAGGAGAAAAUGUUGCAACCACUGAGGUUGCUGAUGUUAUUGGGAUGUUGGAUUUCAUACAGGAGACCAAUGUGUAUGGUGUGCCUGUAUCAGGUUAUGAAGGAAAAGCAGGAAUGGCUUCUAUUAUUUUAAAACCAAAUAAGUCUUUAGAUUUAGAAAAAAUGUAUGAACAAGUUAUAACAUCUCUACCAGCUUAUGCCUGUCCACAAUUUCUAAGAAUUCAGGAAAAAAUGGAAACAACAGGGACAUUCAAACUACAGAAGUUUCACUUGGUGGAAGAAGGAUUUAAUCCACUGAAAAUUUCUGAUCCGCUUUACUUUCUGGAUAACUUUAAAAAAGCUUAUGUUCCAUUGACCAAAGAGCUUUAUGAUCAUAUAAUAUCAGAGAAGUUGAAAUUUUAAUAUUUU